CGAUAUCUUUCUCAAUGAAAACAAAAACGCUGUUUUUAAACUCAAAACUGUAACAUCUUAUUCGAUACAAUAGUCUAAAUAUUCGAAAUGGAAUUUUUAACAGAACCCACUACCAUCACGUUGUUUCUUGGAAUAAUCUUUUUCUUACUUCUUUAUUGGCACUACACUAAAGACUUUGAUUACUGGAAAAAAAGAGGAAUACCCUAUGUUAAACCAUUAGUACCUGUCUUUGGAUCAUCAUACCAGCUUUUAUGGAAACCUUCGCAUGAAAUAGAUUUGGAAAGAUAUCGGAAACUUGGUCCCAUCUAUGGGCAAUUUGAUGGCAACCGACCUGUGCUAGCAAUUGCGGAUCUUAAACUAAUUAGGGAAGUUCUGGUAAAAGAAUUUCCAUCUUUCAUGAAUAGAAGGGUAUCGUACUUUGUAUCUGGCAGUGGCAUCGUAGAGUUAAUGCUGUUUGCAUUGCAAGGAGACGAGUGGAAGAGAGUGAGAGGCAUACUUUCGCCAAAUUUCACAACUGGAAAAAUAAAAAGGAUGGUAAGCAUAAUUAGAGAAUGUGGCCAGACUAUGAUUGAAAAUUUUAAAGCAGCAGCAAAAACUAAAGAGCCAGUUGAAAUUAAACAGAUUUAUGGAGCUUUUUCUAUGGAUGUCAUUGCCAGUUCCGCUUUUUCAGUUAAACUAGAUUCAUAUAACAAUCCAAAGAAUGAAUUCGUUCAGAGCGCCAAGAAAGCAUUUUCAAAAGAGUUCAGCCUUAAACUUGCCUUAUUCCAACUGUUCCCAAGAAUAGCGAAAUUAAUUGGAGUGCAAGUCCUUUCUUAUCCCUCGGUGUGUUUCUACAGGAAAGUAAUUCUUCAAAUGAUGGAACAAAGAACAAACACAAAGGAGACUAGGAACGAUUUCUUGCAACUCUUGAUGGCUGCAGUGAAGGGCUCCACUGAAGAACAGAAGGAAGAUCUCGUAAACGAUAAGGAUGACAUCACAGCCAAUUAUGGACAAGACGAGAGCACACAUAAAAUCAUCAAAAAUUUUUCCAACAAAAGACUCACUUUGGAUUCAGCAGUGGCACAAAGCGUGUCAUUUUUCUUCGCUGGCUUCGAUACGAUAGCAUCAACCAUAUCCUUCGUGUCAUACAGUCUAGCAUUGAAUCCUGACAUCCAAAACAAUGUAUAUGAAGAAAUACGCAAAGUUCUGCAAAAGACAGAGGGAAAAUUAACAUAUGAAGCAAUUCAAGAAAUGAAAUACCUUGACAAUGUAUUAUCUGAAAGCUUGCGACUAUAUCCAGUUAUUCCCAGGUUGGAAAGGAUGACCGAAGCAGAUUGUAAGUUAGGAGACACCGGCAUAACCAUACCUAAGGGUAUGGUAGUUUUCAUUCCAACUUACGCUUUACAUCAUGAUCCAAAGUAUUUUCCAGAUCCAGAGAAAUUCGAUCCAGACAGAUUCUUACCGGAGGUGAGUGCCAAGCGAGAUCCCUAUGCUUACCUGCCUUUCGGAAGUGGUCCCCGACUCUGCAUUGGGAUGAGAUUCGCCCUGACGCAAAUCAAAACAUGCCUCGUCUGUCUUCUCGCCAAUUUCGUGAUCCUCAAAUGCGCUGAAACAAAGGUUCCUUUGGAAUUUUGCCUUGGUCCAGGCCUUAUGAUCCCCAAGAAUCUUGUAUUAAAGUAUGAAGAAAGGACGGAGAAAAUCCCAGUGCAGUAGCAGUCCAUUCCUCAAAAGCUGUCUGCGGAGAAACAAAUUCUGGAUCUUAAGUUAAACUGCUUUAGGAGAAAUAUCUUAAUUUGAGAUCCAAAGUAAUUUCUGAGGCAAAGUUGCGAAAACUGGUGCUUUUUAUGAUAUUCCUCUAAGAAAUGAAAUAAAACAUUUCCUUUUUUAAUUUAUUCAUUGUGUAUAUGCAGUCAUUUAGUAUCAAAUCAAAAGUAAAUAAAUAAAAUAAUAUUCUUAUGUAA